AUGGAUGCCCAGACGGCGCAAGCGCGUCGAAAAGUGAACACCUACGGGAAAGGAACAAAGAGGAUUGCGGUUCACGACCUCUUCGAUGUCGGAACGUUCCCCUCCGUUGAAGGAGCGAAAUCGUCGCCAGGACCCCUUGCGCUUCUUGGACGAAGCGGUGUCAACAACUCAUCCGCGAGAUCGGGCUCGGAGGACUUGAACCUGGCUGCAAGAAGAGUCCCUUCAGGCCGUCCGUCGGAGCCUCUACGUUCCGUAUCUCCAAGUACUACGAUGUCUGUAGAGUCAUCGCCUUCAGAAGCCACUCAUCGCUCGAUGUUCGACGUUCACUCAUCAGAUGAGGAGUCGCCGAAUUUCCAAUCGACGCAACCGCUGAAAAAGAGAAAGAUGACACCAAUAGUGAGCAUUCCAAAGACACAUGUGCCCUCGAUGACUGUUGGGAAGCAGAAGUCGAUGAACGGUGGGAAAAGCCAGCGUGCGGUACAAAGUGCUUCUCGUGUUGGUGCAGAAGCUGAGGUGAAGAGCAUUAAACAAGGCAGUACCAGAAAGGCUUCAAAAGGAGCGCAGGCCAGGAUGGGAGAAUCGACAGAAAGUUUCAAGGAUGGUGUGGACACUCCGAACAGACUCGAACAGCAGAGAGGUGCUCCCAGGAGCAAGGCUCCUCCAAAACCACUCCGGGUGAUCAAGAAGCAAUCCCCAGCUUUGCUAUCUGACACUUCCGACCACAAUGACUCCCCGAAAAGGAAACGGGGAUUUCUCGAGGAUGAAGCAAAGGACUCCCCAAGUCCACCAGCAUUGCAAAUGAAAUCUCUCAGGUUAGCGUCCGACAUCAAUUCACUGGAACUCGACCUAUCAUCAUCCUCGUCUGAUGAGGAAAUGACGGCAGCGCAGCCUGUGGUGCAGUCCUCACAAACAGGUCGUAAAAGACUCGUGGAUAAGCUUGAUGCGCCUCGCUCACAAAGCAUAGACAGGCAAACGAUCAAACCUUCUCUGGGAAGGUCUUCUGGAGAGAGCCGAUAUCAACACAAGAUCGAAGUCGAGAUCCAAAGACCUCCUGUAACGGCAAACGCUUUGCCACCGCCUAGACAACGUGCGACCUAUGCUAGACAACGCUCCCACCUCAGUGAUAUGAUUGAUAGCCUGGACACCCAUUCUGGAAUCACUAGCCAAAAUUCGUCGCAGCAGAGCUUCUCACAACCUGCGUCGUUCGGCUUAGCCUCGCAGAUGGAGUUAGAAAUGGAGGACAGCGAUGAAGCCGACGCUUUCACUCAGAUCAAGAGUAUUCACGAAUUGCGACGUGGUGCUGCUAUCAACAAGUUUGACCAAGAUAUCGAAUCUAUUCUGGACGAUCUUGAAUCUCAUUCCAAGUCACUACGCAUUACCGCACUCUUGCUUCUGAUAAAUAAAAUGAGGGAGCUCAAUUUUCUGCGGCAUUUUCAGGAGUCUGGCAAUUUCUACCGCUUCACGGAAAGCAGCAGAGACGAUGCUGACUUGAUUACUGCAACCUUGAUGGUUCUCGUCUUCAACCAUGUGAUAGAGACCAAACAAUCACCGCCGAAGAAUCAGCUGCAAAUCUUAAGUGCCCUGUAUCGAUUACCUCCAAAUUUGAGCUUGACGAGGCAGUCGCUAUCAUCUCUUGCCAAAGAUAGGAAAGAGAACUUAAACAAGCUCACAGUCAAAGACAUCAUGAACUUUGACCAAGAACAACUAAAACAUUCCCCUAAGCAGCAAUCAUUGAUCAGCCUAUUGUAUUUGGGCACGAUCAACGAAACCCUACGGGCGCUGAUCAACAGUGGAGAACAGAUCCCAGACUUUCCCGGCCCUUUGUUAGAUGCCAUCCUAGUCAACUUCACUCGCGAACAAAAGCAUCUGCUUGAAGAGGACAACAGAGAGAAUAGAUUUGAGGGCAUUCAAACUCUUUUGUCGUUGCUUGAGAUCGCGUCUGCGAAUUGCGAAAUGGCUCCUUCUAAGCUCGCAACGUCAUCUAUCAUUGAAGUUGGUAGGAGCAUAUCAAAUGUCAUGCAAAUCGCUCGCCAAGCACGCCCUGAGAUAGAGCACUCAUGUUUGCGCUUGAUAGUCGGCCUGAGCAAUAACGAGCCAAGCGUGUGUGAGGCCCUGACGGAGGGCAAGCUCAUAGCGACAGUGUUCCGGGUCAUUGACGAUCGGUUCUUGCAAUUGGCAGGGCUGGCGUCUCGAGAACAAGCUUUUGACGGCUCUCGGCUAGAGUCUGUAAUUCUUGCUGUUGGCUGCCUGCUGAACAUUGCAGAGUGUGCAGAUGCAGCUCGAAGAAAAAUGCUUGAAGCGGACGCGAGUGGGAAGAGCCUUGUUGACAAACUGGUCAACAUUUUCAACAGCCAUGUUGACCAGACAUCGGAGGCUCUUACAAUUGACCAAACCCAGGUCUUGGUUGCUUUCGGCUACAUAUCCGCAUUGUUGUGCACGCUAUGCCUCAAUGUAGAUGCGCGAAGACAAAUCUCAGAAAGCAUCAGAGGGGAAGAGCUGUCUAAGCUCUUUGAGGCGGCAGGCAUCUUUCUUCAGCAUCUGCGGACUGUUGAAGAAGCACUGGGAGGGGCGGAGGGGGCAUCCUCGGGAUUUACAGCGCGCUUCACAAUGGUGUUGGAUUCCCUGACACAAGACAAUGUGGAGAGAUAG